AUGAAUUCGUUGUAUAACCAUGGCAUUAAGCAACAGCAACUUAUAACGAAGGAUUUAUCGCAAUUUGAGAAGAAUUUAUCCACUUCCCCCUUGUCAUUGCAAGGAUCUAUUACUACAUCGUUAACAGCAUUCAAGAGAACUGUGAAAGAAUUUAGUGACUUAGUGGAGCAGAGUAAAAGAGAUGAGAACAAUGGGAAGCAAGAAAUAAGAGCGGCCAAAUUCAAUCAGGACUUAAUUGAUUUCACAGAAAAAUUUGAAUCAUUAAAGAGACAAAGAGAUGCAUUGGUUCACACUUCCAAUAGACAAGAAUUAAUGGGCCGUCGACACCAUAGUAGCCAAAAUGAUAAUAGCAUUGCAUCUGAUAAUCCAUUUGAUCAACAGCAAAGUCAAGAACAGGCUCAGCAAUAUAUGUCGUAUGAAGAAGGGCUUUAUAAUGAAAAGCAAUCGCUCUCGCGAGGGACUCAGCAACUCGAUCAUAUCUUAGAGAUGGGUCAACAAGCAUUCGAGGAUAUAGUAGAUCAGAACGAAACAUUACGGAGGCUCCAAGUACGAUUUGAAGAAAGUUUGGUAACAUUGGGUGUUAGUCAAAGUACAAUUAGGUCUAUUGAAAAAAGAGCAAAGCAAGAUAGAUGGCUCUUUUGGGGUGGAAUUCUAUUAAUGUUCACCUGCUUUUGGUUUAUAUUAAAGCUAUUCCGUUAG